AUGGUAAUAUGGUCCUUCGCUCUGGGGGAAUAUAAACAAAGACAUGAAUUUAGGUCUGAGAGUUCUAGUCAUACAGUUUAUGAGAGGAAGAAUAUUCCUGUAGAUUUUAUGAAUAGUAAUUACACAGUGUUACAAAAUUUCAUCUCUAAACUGGAGAUGGAAGAAUCGAACCAAAGGGACCUUAAUGAUGUAUAUGACCAGUUCUGUGACUGUGUUAAGACUGAGAUGAAAAGUAAAUUAGCACAUAAAACGGUGAAUGUAAGUGUAUCAGGUAAUAAUAAAAAACGUAAAAUCAAAAAGCCUUGGUGGAAUGAUGAACUGACUGAGCUUUGGAACAACUCUUGCAGGGCUGAGAAACGUAUGUUGAAUUCAGAUGGUUCUACCCGACAGAAACUGCGUAUAGAAUUCAAGGCCCAAAGAAAAGCUUUUGAUAAAUGUGUACAGAAAAGUAAACGGAGAUAUUGGUUUGAUAUGCAAAAGGAAAUAGAAAAUCUGGCAGGGUCAAAUCAAAGUGAGUUUUGGAGGAAGAUAGGUAAAAUACGUGUAGGUCAGGAAAGGGGUAAAAAUAUUCCAUUUGAGGUUAAAAAUGAGGAUGGUUCUUUUUCAAGCCAGAAAAGUGAUGUGCUUGGAAAAUGGAAAUCUAGUUUUGAGGGGCUUUUAAAUUCUUGUUUCAUGCUGGGUCUUAUCCCUGAGAGUUGGUCACAUGGGAUUAUUAAUCCUAUCCCUAAAUCUUCCACAGCAGAUAGAAGGGACCCCUUAAGUUAUAGAGGGAUAACCCUUACUUCAGUGGUUUAUAAGAUUUACUGUAAUAUUCUCAAUAGGCGUUUGUCAGCGUGGGAAGAUGAAAAUAACAUUUUACAUGAUGAACAAAAUGGGUUUAGGGCAGGUAGAAGUACAGUUGAUCACCUGUCCUCGUUUUCUUUAAUUUUAGAGUCGCGUAAAUUAAAAAGACAGUCUACAUUUACCGCAUUCAUAGACUUUAAAAAGGCAUACGAUACUAUCAACCGUAAUAAAUUAUUUACAAAGAUCAAAGAUAUGGGUGUAAAUGGUAAUAUGUUUAAAGCACUACUUGCCAUCUAUCAGAAUGUAAAAUGUUGUGUUAGGUUAAAUGGCCUAAAGACAGACUGGUUCUCUGUAAAGUGUGGCCUUAAGCAAGGAUGUAGUCUCUCACCGAUGCUUUUUAAUCUUUACAUUAAUGAUUUGAUCUCAGCAGUUAAGAAUCUUGACCUUGGUAUCAAUAUUGAUGGUCAGAAUGUGUCUAUCCUCCUCUAUGCUGAUGACAUAGUACUGGUAAGUGAUUGUGAAGAUAAGUUACAACUUAUGUUAGACGUACUCCAAAAAUGGUGUGAUGAAAAUAGUAUGAAAGUUAAUUCAGAUAAGUCAAAAAUUGUACAUUUUAGACCACCAUCGAUACCUUGUACAAUGAGGAAUUUUAAAUGUGGAGAUGAAGUUUUAGAAGUUGAAAAUCAUUAUGUUUACUUGGGUUUAUAUUUAUCUGAGCAUUGUGAUUUUAAUGUUAUGGCGAAACACGUUGCUAAAUCAGCAAACCGUGCUUUAGGACUUUUAAUCUCAAAGUACAAAUUGUUUGGUGGUCUUCCUUUCUCGACUUAUUCAAAAUUGUAUGAGGCUACGGUAUGGAGUACUAUCAGUUAUGGAGCAGCCAUUUGGGGUGAUAGACAGUUUUCUUGUAUAUCAGCAAUUCAGAACAGAGCAGCAAGAUUUUUUAUGGGGGUUGGUAAAUACACCCCAAAUGUGGCGGUAAAUGGGGAUAUUGGUUGGGUAGAUGUAUAUAUUAAACAGUUAUCAUCAGUUCUCAGUCAAUGGUAUCGUAUUAGAUCUAUGUCCAGCAGUAGAUUGAAUUAUAAAAUCUACCAAUGGUCAGUGUCACAAAUCAAUACCUCAUGCAAAAAUUGGUCUUUUAGAUUAAGAAAAUUAUUUAUUGAAGCGGGUGUUGGAAACAUCUUUGAUGCGAUUGACAUUUCAAAUAUUGAUAAAGUGGGAAUAAAGGAUAAAGUAUUAGAGAAACAGAAUGAGAAACUUAUAGACAACUGGAAAUGUAAUUUAAAUGCUGAGAAUGCUUGUAUCUACGGGUCAAAACUGGAUGCCAAAGGUUACAUAUAUUUACCGUUUGAGCAAAAAGCAGAAGCUAUUAGAAUGAUUCAUCAUUACUACACCAACGCCUCUUAG